GCUACUAUCAAACUGUUCUUGUACAGAAAGAGAAUCGAAAUAAUUACCAACCAUAUAUUCGUCCGACACCGCUCGGAAAGAACAUUCUGAACAUCAUAUCUCUCUUGUCGUGCUCACUCGAAUGCUAGGCAACAGAGCAUCGGAAUUAUAAUGCGAAGAAAAUCACAGACGAGUAUGGGGUGGCUAGAUUCUAGAUGGGUUCGAUGCCUACCAUUGGUCCUGGCUAUUUUUCAAAUUGUUGUCAUGGUCGACACAAUUUUGAAAAACCCAAACAACAACAAUCUGAAAGGGAAUAAAUAUAAUAUCGCCCCAUCGUCAAGUGUAUCAGAAAGGGGAAUAACAAUUGUCAAGAAGGGAAUUUCGACUGGUGGGGAAGAUGCAAUUGAUACCCAAGCUGAAGCUGAAACUGCAUCCCCAACUGGAACUGGAACUGAAACUGAGAAGAAUCUCUACACUUACACUUAUUCGGACGAUGUUGAGAAUGACGAAAUUGGCGACGGCAACGAAUCGACGCAAAGGACAGUAUAUUGGAUGGAUCAUACGGCUAUUUAUGAUAAUUACUUCUCUGGAACAUGGAUACAACCAAUUGAGCGUUUUCAACGUCUCAACGUAGACAUCAUGUCAAGCCUAGAGGAUGCUAGCCAUCGCGUUUUCUUCGAGAACAAGGAAGACGUUCGAAUGACUGUUGAUUGGCUCGAUUUUGCUGUUGAACACUUGAGUAAGUGGUGUAAAAAGUUGGAUAUCACCAAUUCGAACCACAACAGUGUGGCGAUAGAUAAAAUUACAGGCAACCUUUUGAGGUACAUUCAAGCCACUCCAGAAAAAACCAAGGUUCUCCUAUCAAAGUCGGAAUCGAAAGUAGACAAGCCAUUGUUGCACCCUACCAUUGCUGUCAUCUCUCAUGGUGCCGUUCGCACAGAUGAUGAUACGCCAAUCGGAAAUGAACGUUCCAAAAAUUUGACCGUUACGACAUUGGGCGCCACUAUCACAUCCUUAUUGCGGGUCGGUAUAGGGCGUAUUGUGGUUACAGGAUUGGAUGAUUUAGAUGCAUCGACUGCGAUGGAAACGUUUCGUUUGAUUGGCGAUCAAUUCGCAGCGUAUACUGACGAGGUUGUAAUUGUAGAUACAGAGCUCGCAUAUGUAAAUAUAACAGAAGAGAAAUGGAUUAAAUCAGAGUACGAAGAUGUCCAUCGACCGCGAGCUACGCUUUACGGCUUACAGGAAGCGCUCAAUGGAAAUCUUGACAAGGUGACAGCCGAAAAAUGGUUAGGAACUUUGCAUGACCAAAGCUAUUGGAAAUACAUUUAUUCAACCGAGCCUGACCUCAUCCUCCAAACAAGAUUUGAGUCGCUUCCAGCAAUUCAUAAAGCAUUAGAAAAAGGUCGUGUCGUGAUGCCCCAUCGCCUUCAGCCGGUGGCUCACAAGCUUGAUUUGGUCGGAUCUAACGGAGAAAAGUACAAUGGAAGCGAUCAGAUUAUUCCUGCAAAAGGAAAGUUUCACGCUAUGGAGUUAGAUGGCGCUGUAGAUAUGUGUUGCGAUGACGGUAGGAAUAAUCCCAAAUGGGACCCAAAAGAUGACCCAGCAGAUACACCAUGCUACACUUGGUGGUACGACUGUGGUUAUACUCGCGAAUGGCAAGGUUUGGGGAUCUCUGAGAAAGUCAAACAUCGAAGACUGUUGUAUUACGUACCAUUUAUUCGGCUGAGUAAUGGGGCUAACAUUAUUUCCAUUUCAGGGUCCGAGCACGAAAGAAAAUGCCGGCCCCAAAAAAGGCAGACACCCAGUGAUGUUUGUCAGCGACCAACCUCUUCCGGACGGAGUUUUGCGAUAUCUGAACAGAACGAUUCAACACAAUGAGAGGAUGACGUCGACUUACCACCAAAGUCACUCUUUAAACGAAUUCACAAAACUUAUUUUCAAAUGUCCUAAAUAUAUAGCAUGCUAUUUG